CUGUACAACAGCUUUAGCAGGCGGCGUAUUUCCACUCUUUACGCAAACGGGGCACCGCAUGCACGGGUUGAAGUUGUAUCGCUCGCCGUGGUGCGUAAAAAAGGCGCGUCCUCGUAUACUUGCGGACUAUCGCGUUAUCUCUAUACCCGUAGGGGAGGUAAAUAAAAGGUUUUGCCAAACGCAGCGGGGAGGCAAAGUCUGGUAGGUGACUGCGCUCACCAGCAGCACACAUGGUUUCGACACGGACCAACACGCCGGUCGGACUGGAGCACGGACGCACGCUCUUGAUUUGCCCGUUGGACCUAACGGAUGCAGUGCCUCUACAUUGACACGUGCAGUUCGUGCAUAUAUUUAAACACACGAUGUUUCUUAAAGAUGUGGCACCGGUUUGCGAAUGUUGCAGAAAAAGAAUAGAGGACUGCUUGCCUUGCUGUUGAUGGUGUUGGAGUUGACCCGGCCAGGCCUACUGUCCCCGCUGAGGCCGAUCUGUGAUCUCAGGGUCCUGAACCAUUUCAUGAAAGAAGCACGAGACGCAGAAGUCGCUAUGAAAUCCUGUGCAGAAGGAUGUACCAUGUCAGAGUCUGUCACUGUUCCCCAAACCAGAGUCGACUUUGAUGUCUGGGAGAAGAAAAAUGGAUUAGAGCAAGCCGAAGAGGUGCAGUGUGGCUUAUGGCUCCUACAGCAGGGCCUCGGAUUGCUACGGACCUCAGUCACCAACUCAGCACUGCACAGCCACAUCGAUAACUGCAUCAGGAACCUGCUCAGCAUCAACGCUGUGCUGCGGAGCCUCAACAUCCAGGAAUACACGCCCCCAACGAGUGCUGCGGGGCUCGAGGGAACGUGGUCGGUGUCCUCGGCAACAGAUUUGCUUCAAGUCCACGUCAACUUCCUGCGAGGCAAAGUGCGCCUCCUUCUGUUGGAUGCACAGGCCUGUCAGCAAGAUGUCAGUUGAUCAGCCAGUCUCCCCACUCCAGGCGAAACUCAUUUGCGUAUCCGAGGGCAAGAGGAGAGGACUUGACACUGUUGACCUGCACGCUGGCUGCUGGAAGCAGCGUGCAGAAAGAGAGAUGAAGCCAAUCGCAACGCGAGGGGAGGCAGGCUGAGCGUAGAGGACAGUCCCAGCUGGGCUUUGGAUGGGCGGGAGAUGAUUGCACCUUGGAACGUAGACCUGAAAUAAGGACACGGUGAAGCACACACCGUGGGGGGGCACCGCUCCAAACGCUGGUCUUUUGGCACGCUCUUGCACUCUGUGUGUGUGUGUGUGUGUGUUUGUGUGUGAAUGCUGCAAGUUUUUAUCUGUAUGUGGCGUGCAUGUGUGCGUUUCCAGUAAGUCUGACCCCUGCACUUAACUUGGAUUGUGGGGUGAAACUGCCAGAAAAUAUUGAUUGCACCUGGAAAUCGGUGAACCGAGGGUUGCGAAAGGGCAUCCCUUUCCACCGCCACUGCUAGGAGGCAUCGAACAAAUGAGGCCUCGACCCACAAGCCUUUUCAACUAUGACUCACAGUCAUAGUUCUUUCUCUGGGAUUCAUUUUUUUUUUUCCUUUUGGAUGAAUAUUUUUAUAUAUUUGGAAAAGUUGUGGGAUAAGUAUUUAUACAAGUUUUCUACUUUUAAGCUCCAGUGUUAGUAUUAUUUUGGUGUCUGAUCUCUUGUGCAACACUGAAAACAACUGGCAUCACACCCGAUGGCACGCUUCCUCCUGCCUGCACGUACCAUGUACCGGACUAGCGGUUAGUAUCAAAGCAUUGUCCGUCCUUCCAGCCAACAGACGUAAAGGAGUAAAAAGACAGUGCAGCUGGUUGGAGCGUUGCACGAGAUGUUUUUGUUGUUGCCUUACCAACACUCGGCCGGUCUCCAGUCACACACUGAUAGCCCGACUGCCCGGAAAAAUGCUGUUUUCCCUCUUACAAUUCACAUCCUGCGAGGCUGGAAUUGCAAAUUGUUUUUCCCAGUAUCUGACGUUAACACUGUUGCUUUCCUCUUUCCUCAUUUGUUCGUCAUCAAACAGCAGGAGGGCAAUUAGUUAGACAUGGGAACUCAGUUUUCUACAAAAUGUAUGCUCAACUCUUUCAGACCGGUUAAGUGUCCUUCCUUGUUUUUUCCCGUAUUGCUUUAUCUUGUGGAGAGUGCAAGAUGUUGUUUAGGAUGUUUGUACAUGUUUUUCUUCCUGUUCUUUUUGUCCCAUCACUGUAUAAUUUGCUAUUUAAAUACAAAAUAUUAUUCUUUGAUAAAAUGAUAGACGGA